GGCGCGCGAAUCCAAAAUUCGCUUUAAUUUUGUUUACAAUCGUUGUGUUGUGCCCGAAAUCCACAAAAAGUUCAAUUUUAUCAGAGAAAACCUGAAAAAUCAAGGAAAACUCUACAUUUUGUGAUGUUUUAUUAACAUUAGGAAAUUUUCUCGUAUCGAAAAACAAUAAAACAUGGGAAUCACCGGAUUGAUUCCCUUCCUGGAGAAAGCGUCCAGUCGGUGCAACCUGCGCGAUCUCCGGGGCCAAUGCGUCGCCAUCGAUAGCUACUGCUGGCUGCACAAGGGCGCAUUCGCUUGCGCGGACAAGCUGGCCCGAGGCGAAACGACCGACAUUCACAUCCAGUACUGUUUGAAGUAUGUGAACAUGCUGUUGUCGCACGAUAUCAAGCCGAUUCUGGUGUUCGAUGGGAGACAUCUUCCGGCCAAGGCCGGGACCGAGGCCAAGAGACGUGAGACGCGAGAAAACGCCAAGAAGCGAGCGGCUGAGUUGCUGAGGGUUGGGAGGACGGAGGAAGCCAAGGGGUAUCUGCGGCGCUGUGUGGACAUUACCCACGAGAUGGCCCUCCAGUUGAUCCAGGAGUGCCGGAAGCGGAAUGUGGACUGCGUCGUGGCGCCAUAUGAAGCCGACGCUCAGUUGGCCUAUUUGAACAGGAAAGGAAUUGCACAGGCGGUCAUUACGGAGGAUUCCGAUCUGAUGUUGUUCGGGUGCAGCAAAGUGCUGUUCAAGUUGGACCUGACCGGAACUGGGCUGAUGAUCGAAGCGGAGAAGCUAUAUCUGGCCAUGGCAUGCAAGGAGGAGAAAUACUCGUUUGACAAGUUCCGGUAUAUGUGCAUCCUGUCCGGGUGUGACUAUCUGGAUUCCCUUCCCGGAAUCGGGCUGGCCAAGGCUCGGAAGUUUGUUCUGACGACGGAAGACACAGACAUCCGGCGUGCUCUGGCGAAGAUCCCGUCCUACCUGAAUAUGCGCCAGCUGGAAGUUUCCGAGCAGUACAAGGAAGAAUUUAUGAAGGCCGAUGCCACCUUCAAACACAUGGUCGUGUACGACCCAGUCGAACGGAAGCAAAUGCGCCUGAACGACCCGGAAGUCCUGGGAACCGAUCCGAAAUUGUGUGGCAAUGCAGGAAGUUUCCUCGACGAAGAAACUGCCUUACAGCUGGCCUUAGGCAACUUAAACCCCUUCAACAUGAAGCGGCUGGACAACUGGCACCCGGAUGAUCCGCAAUGCCAAGCGACUGGUGGUCAAACCAGCAACUGGAAACAGACAGCCGUCACUAAACAUCCCAGCAUCUGGAAAGGCACCUACGAACGGAGUCGCAACAGCAGCAAACACAUCGAAAUCCACCAGGAAGUAAAGGUGCGCAAUGUAUUUGAGUUGGAGAGGCAAUCGAUUUCGAGCUCGAACCACGAAGAAGUUGAACGGGAAUCAAUUGACGACGUACUGCGAGCGUACGGAGUACAGCCAAGAGACCAGCAACCUCCGCCCAAGAGGAUGUGUCUAACCAGCAUGACAUUGCAGCAGAAGCUGACAAUGGAUGUGGACGAGGUCCAGGACAGAAAGAGCCCUCCCAGGAGAAAUCCAUUUCAUGUCAAAUCGAUAGCUCCGGCUUCGAUCCAGGGAAAGCGCACCACAUCUGACGCACUACCAUCACCCAUAAAAAUCACCGAGCAAAACUGUUCCCUUUUGCGCCAAGUUAGUCCGGUAAAGAAAACCGACUAUGAAGCCAGACCCCCAACCAACACAACCACCGCCACCACCCUGCAAAUACGGUCCAAGACGGAAAAGCUCAGUCGCUUCAAACGGACCGUAAUGGGUUGCGAUGGCCAGAAAGUCAUCAGUCGAUUCUUCUCGACUUCAAUGUCCUCCACCAUGACGACGGCCACCACCGUGAGCACUCUCCAGGUAUCCGCCAGCGCGGAUGAAAGCGACCCCUCACUUUUGGAUGAGAUCCCAUCGGGGGAAACCAGCCCCAGUCCAACCCCAACGACGGUCAACGUAUAUCUACUCUCUCCGGAAGCCCGAGGAGAAAAAACUCCCAAAAAGCAACGGCUUUCGGUGGACAGUCCGGCCAGCUGUUCGCCGGCUCCUCCCGUGAAAGGUGAGCGAAGUGUCGAGAAGCUGGACAGCGGUUUCGUGGAGGAACCCGAAGGAGGGUUCAGCUCAUCGCAGAAGGAGAACCAAUCGGAACAGAACAAGCCAACGUCGUCCCGGUUGUCUCUGUUCACCAAGAAGGAACCCAGACGAUUGGACACUGAGAAUUCGGCGGAAAUAUUGCAGGAAAUUGAAAUGAUCCAAGAUGAUGACGUGGUUGAGAUUAAAGAUGAUGACGAGGAUGAAUCAAAAGAGGUGCAGAUGGCGGAACAGAAACCAGCGCAGGCUAGUUUCGGCCGGGGUGGUAACAGUGGAAGUGGUCAGAAGAAGACUGCCUGUCGACGGGUAGGUCUCUCGAAGAACAAAAGUCUGAAGGGCGUGGGGGCGAACCAGAGCAAGCUGUCGAUGUUUGGAUUCCAGAAGAAGGUGCAACUGAAGUAAUGAUGUCUUCCAGACGAACGCAACAAUAGCACUGCCCGUUAUCACUGCAUUUUGGGAAUUACUAUUACAGUAAGUGAAUUUUUCUGUUACUCACGAAACUUGAAUUUGAUAAGUUGAUAUACCUAUUAUGUUAAAUGUAAUAAACUCGUUAUCGUUUCUAAA